UCCCGGGUGUCCUCGAGAUAUUCAAACAUCUUUGUGGCCUCGCGAUCGUUCUGGUCACGGACAACGCCCGUCGCUGCGCCUGUACCGACAGGCUCAGAAAUCUAUGAUGUCGUGUGCGUUGGUGGCGGUCCAGCAGGACUGAGCUUGCUCAGCGCGCUUCCAUGGAAACACAUCGCUGCCUCACGCGUGCAGCCAUACCAGGCCAUGCAGGUGUGGGAUGGCGUGUCUGGAAGCAGCAUCAGUUUCGAUCCCUCGUCGUCUUCAAACGUCUCGGAUACAGUGGCUACCAUGACCGAGAAUACCAACCUCACAUCCGCCCUCCUGGCUCGCCUCAAUUCGUUGCCCGCGAUCGACGUAAUGGACAAAACGCGUGUUGAGGGAAUCGAGCUUGGAAAAGAGUCAGAGAGCAUGGAUUUGUCAAAUUGGCCAGUCGUGUCUCUUAACAACUCGCGCAAACUAGCUGCCCGUCUUCUUAUCGGUGCAGAUGGAGCAAACAGCCCUGUACGCACAUUUGCUGGUAUCCCCUCGCGCGGCUGGGACUACAAUCGCCAUGGCGUGGUAGCCACUGUGCAGAUCGAAGGAGCCAACUGGGGUCAAAACGACCACAGAACAGCAUAUCAGCGCUUCCUCCCUACCGGUCCUGUCGCGCUAUUGCCUCUACCCGGCAAUGUAGCCACUCUAGUGUGGUCAACAACACCCGAGAAGGCCUCUCUCCUCAAGUCACUGAGCAGCACCGACUUUAUUGCCAUGGUGAACGCUGCGUUCAGACUCUUGCCAAUCGACCUCGAAUACAUGCACACCAUGACAUCAGGUCAAGCCGACGAGUUUUCCUGGCGUGAAGCCAAUACCGCCUUCAACUCUGAGCGCAUCCCGCAAAAAAUCUCUGCCGUUCAAGAUGGCAGUGUUGCUUCGUUUCCUCUGCGUAUGCGUCAUGCAGAUACCUAUACCGGUCACCGUGUCGCUCUCCUCGGAGAUGCCGCUCACACUAUUCACCCUCUCGCUGGUCAAGGUCUGAACCAGGGUCUUGGUGAUGCUCAGUCGCUUGCCAAGCACAUUAACUUCUCGCUUUCUGUAGGCAAGGAUAUUGGCAGCAACUGGGCCUUGGACGCAUACAAUGCUGAGCAGUGGGCAAAGAACAAUGCCAUGUUGGGCGCCGUAGACAAGCUGCACAAGCUCUACAGUGCGGGCAGUGGACCCGUUGUGUGGGCGAGAAGUCUUGGCCUCGAUGCUGUAGACAAGAUGGGCUUCCUUAAAAAGUUCUUCAUGCGCCAGGCAGCGGGAACG